AUGAAGAACACACAACUGAUAUUUGGUCUCUCUGCACUCCUAUGUUUUAUUCUCCUCAAUCAAUUGUUUGUUUUCAUUAAGGCUGAUGUGUAUAUGCACAAUCCUAGAGGCUCAAAUGAUAGAAAUUGCGAGUUCCAUGCUAACAGAAAUAAUGCAAAUAGAUUGUUCGACAGUCAAAAUAAUGCUGCAGGUGGUUAUGCUUGCCCAAGAAUGAUCGGAGGUCCAGAAGUAGUUACACCAAGAAUGUACUAUUAUGUAGGAAGUGAAUUACCUAUUGAAUGGACCUCACAACACUCAUGUGGUUUCAGAAAUACUUAUUGUAACGUUGUUAUUCAAUACAUGUGUAAUGAUACAGCUCCAAAUCUCAGAGAUGGUACUCCUGAGAAUGAAAAGGAUGCUGCCACUGACACUAUUUCAGAAGCCACCAAUAACAAUCCAAGAUAUGGAUUGCACGAACCAAUGGAAUAUUACAUGAAAUGUAGAACAAGAAGAAGAAACUCUGGUCUCUAUAUUGCUGAUCAAAGACAAGAAAAUUGGGGAAGACUUUUGGAAAAUAGCCCUGCUGUAGAAACAAGACAAAAUCCAAACGGAAAUAGACACGGUUGGGAAUGUCCUGAAGAAAGAGAUUAUUAUCCUUAUUGGCAUCCAACUCCUUGGAAAGAUAUUGCCAUCUUUACUUUCAAUACAUCCAUGUGUCAAUGGUAUCAAGAAAAUUCUGAAAAUGUUCGUGGAAGAGGAGAAUGCUUACAAGAAAGUGGAGCACCAUCUCCUUUCAAUAAUGAAAAGAGUUGCAUUUCUGGAGGUCAUAAUUGGCAUGUGAGACCAGCUCAUGGUGUUGAUCCACCAGAAUGUAUAAGUGCUGAUAUUAUCAAUGUUAGAGAUAACCAUUUGGGUAAUACUUACAAUGGUCAAUUGGUAAAUUACAAGUGGUAUAUUCCAAAUGAUGUUCAUGAAAAUUGUGUUGUGAGAAUUAGAUAUAAUAUUACAACUGGUGAUUAUCAUCCAUUCGAAACUGAUUCCACUUUCAAUUAUCCAAAGUCACCUCUUAAACAAGAUCCAUUUGAAAACUUUGAAUAUCCUUCAUGGUUAUCAUUGGCUGUUAACACAAAUCAAUAUGGUAGAACAUUCCAAGAUAGAAGUUAUGUUUUCUCAAUUAAGGAAAGACCAUCAACUAUUCCUGCUUGGGCAAAGAUUUACAAUUUGAAUGUGAGAGGAAAGAGAGGUAACAUUGUUCAAACAUUCCCUUCCACUGAAUAUGACUUUGUUCCAAAUUUCUUGGAAGCCAGAGGAGGUGAUUUUAUUCAUAUUCAAUGGACUGGUUCUGAUUACAAUCCACAAAGAAAUCCAAAUGAUGCUGAAGGUGCUCCAAAUACUGGUGACAGAAGCAAUUUGGUACAAUCAGAUAAUUCUGGUUUCAAUUAUCCAAGAAAUUAUACCAGAGUUACAAUGUUCUUAAAAGAUGAUGGUACUCCAGAUCUUGAUUUUAUCACUAGAUUGGCUUUCAUUGAUCAACCAAUUCAAAACACUUCUGAAUGUAUGGAUUGGAAGUCAUUGUUGGAAAAGAAUGGUGGUAAUAAGAAUAAGGCUGAACAAGAUUGCAACAAUUGUGCCAAGCUCAACAAUGCUCCAAAUGGUCCAUAUUUUGAUGGUGGACUUCAUGAAUUGAAGGCAAACGGUAUGUUUGCUUACAUGUCAACCAGAAACAACAAUUUCUCAAACAGAAGUCACAAGGGUUAUUUGAUUGUUACAGGUGCCAGAUUUAAUAAUUCUGACAAGUUAAAGAUGUCCAUGACUUUCAUUGGUUUGAUUUUCAUGAUUAUCUUGAUGCUUUAA